CUUGUAUGUAGUAAUGAGAUUUGCUACUUGAAUAUGUGUAUACUUUUAUUUCUUUUUUACUUUAUAUGUUAUUUUAUGAAAUAUAUCAUUUAAAUGUUCAAAAUAAUACCCGUAUUUUUCGUCCGAAUUUUUGUAAUAGACAACGUAUUAUACAUGUAUACUUUACACGUUUUCUAAAAGUCAACGUUUUUUUCAACGAAUUUUUGACUGUUUUUUUCAUUCAUAUUAUCGAAUAAAACGGUACGUAUUAAACCUCGUUUAAUUCCCGUACCGUAUUAACUAACUAGGAACAUGACUACAUGAGUAUUUGACUAUUUGCCCCUAAAAUAGUUAAUGAAUUAGUUUGUGGGUCGUGAGUCGUGACCCAUGUGAAAUGCAACGCUUAACUAAACUCCGUAUUAUUUUUAAAAUUAAUUAUUUAAUUAUUGUUGAAAAUCCGACCAAACGCACCUGCGUUUCCAACACACUUCGGAGUAAUCUAUAGCAUUCAAAACCUACUUCUCCGGCGGAGGGCAAUCCACAGUCGUUAGGGAGUUGACUGGUCUGAAAUGGCAAGUUCCGGCGGGGGCGGGUCGGAGGAGUUCUCAGUGCUGGUAUUAGCAUCAGACUUGGGUAUAGACGCCCGACCUUUUUUAUCUCAAUCGGAGCAAGAAGCCGGAGAAGAGAACUGGCAUGACUGCGCAUCCGACGCACAGGAAGACUUCUCCGACCUCGAUGUCCUCCAAUUUUUCCGCCUCGAGCGGGGAUCGGAUGUUGCUGGUAAUCGUAUCUUCCGGAUCGUCGGCAAGUACUUUCCUGCUCUUGUAAUUAGUGCAGAGCGGCUGAGAAGGUAUGUUCUCCAGAAAAUUCUCAAAGAGGUGCCAGAAGGGCCUUUCUGUAUCGUGUACAUGCAUAGUGCCGUGAAAAAGGAAGACAACAAUCCCGGCAUGACUAUAUUGAGGUGGAUUUAUGAAGAUCUCCCUUCUGAGCAUAAGAGUCGGCUUCAGGUUCUUUACUUUAUUCAUCCUGGGAUCCGAUCACGGCUAGUUAUUGCUACGCUUGGCAGGUUCUUCCUAAGUGGAGGCCUAUAUUGGAAAAUUAAGUAUGUUAACCGGCUUCAGUAUCUUUGGGAAGACAUAAAGAAAGGAGAGAUUGAAAUUCCUGAUUUUGUGCAAAACCACGAUGAUGUUCUGGAGCACAGGCCAUUGACAGAUUACGGGAUUGAACCGGACCCAUUGCAUUUGAAUGAGAUGCCUGCUACUGCCUACUCCUUGGGGAGGUUUGACUCUAGGUGGGCAUAUAGAGAGGCCAUGUCGUGAGAUAUCAGCUAUAAGUUCCGACAACAUAACUUGUUUGUUAAUUAGUAUAAAAGCGUGGCAAUGCUUGAUGUGCUUGUUAGGUUUGCCAAUACAUCAAUAACCAGAAAUAUGUAUCACCUAAUGAUAAUAUCAUGGUGCUUGUUCGGUUUGAAUAAUGUGUUUUGGUUCUUGUAAAUUAGGGAUGGACUUGCCUUCCGGUUCUUAACAGGUAUAGGUGUGUGAGUACUCGACCAGGCUAUUAUGUGCAUGUUUGGUAGGCAUUUGUCGCUAAUUUUUAGCUUUUUUACGACUUAAAAAUUCGUUGUAUGUUUGAUACGUAGUACAACAUUUUAAGGGAUACCAUGGGCGGAUCUUGAUA